UCAAAGUUUAGAGGUUAGACUUUAGAGGUUAUGUUGAAGUUGAACAAGUGCAAAAAUUAAAUGCUUCAAAUGAAACAAAAUUGAAUGAAAAAAAAUAUAAUGAAAAUGGAGAGUCAUAAGAAAGAUAAGAUCAGCAUUCCUGGAUUUGCUGAUAUUGAAGAUGAAGAGCAUGAGAACCUCCCUGUAACUAAGAGUUCCAAAAAAUGUGGUGGUUUUCAGAGUUUUGGUCUUUCAUAUAAUGUAUUGAAAGGAGUUCUCAAGAGAGGCUACAAAAUUCCAACUCCAAUUCAAAGAAAGACAAUUCCAUUGGUACUAGAGGGCCGUGAUGUUGUGGCUAUGGCUAGAACUGGAAGUGGUAAAACUGCUUGUUUCUUAAUACCGCUUCUAGAAAAACUGAAGCAAAGAACUGCGAAAGCUGGUGCAAGGGCACUGAUUCUUACGCCUACAAGAGAGUUAGCGUUACAGACAUUAAAAUUCCUUAAAGAUCUUGGAAAAUUUAUGGAUCUCAAGGCUGCAGUUAUUUUAGGAGGGGAUUCAAUGGAUGAACAAUUUGCAGCUAUCCAUGGGAAUCCGGAUAUUAUUGUGGCUACUCCUGGUCGAUUCUUGCAUGUUUGUAUUGAAAUGGAUCUGAAGUUGACUAGUAUUACAUAUGUUGUUUUUGAUGAAGCUGAUAGACUGUUUGAAAUGGGUUUAGAAGAACAGCUGUCAGAAAUUACUGCUAGGUUACCAGAUUCUAGACAAACCGUUCUAUUCUCUGCUACAUUACCAAAGGUCUUGGUAGAGUUUGCUAAAGCUGGAUUGUCAGAUCCAGUCUUGAUUAGAUUGGAUGUAGAAACUAAGAUACCUAAAGAACUUGAAUUAUUUUUCAUCAGUGUGAGGCAUAAUGAAAGACUAGCAUCAUUAUUAGUUUUGUUGAAAAGUUGCAUUGAUCUUGAACAACAAACCAUAAUAUUUGCUGCAACCAAACAUCAUGUCGAGUAUAUUCAUAUGAUACUAGAUAAGGUCGGUAUUGAAAAUACCUAUAUUUACUCAAAUUUGGACCCUUCAGCUAGGAAAAUUCAUACUGCCAAAUUCGCUUCAGGAAAAGUGAAAGUUUUGGUUGUAACAGAUGUUGCAGCACGUGGUAUCGAUAUUCCAAUGCUGGACAAUGUAAUUAACUAUAAUUUUCCAAUGAAACCAAAGCUUUUUGUUCAUAGAGUGGGAAGAUGUGCUAGAGCUGGUAGAUUGGGUAAAGCUUAUUCUCUAGUUGGACCUGAUGAAUAUGCUCACUUCUUAGAUCUCAAUCUUUUCUUGGGAACAUCUGUUUCACUUUGCACAUUACAAAAUAAAGAGGGAAAUUUGGGAAUCAUACCACAACAUUUAUUGGAAGAGCAACAGAGUUAUCUUAUUAACUUACAUGAAAUACAUUCUGAUUUGGUGAACUUCAGGAAAGUUUCUGAAAACGGUUAUCAACACUAUUUAAGGACAAGACCUGUUGCUUCCACUGACAGUAAUAAAAAAGUGAAAGACAUUCCUUUUCAAAACUGUACUAUCCACCCACUCUUUAGGAAUCUUGGAGAAGCUAUUGAAGAGGAAAGACAAGAAAUAAUGGAUAAAAUGAAGCUUUACAGACCCCAUGGUACAAUAUUUGAAAUCUGUGGCAAAACUAAGUCUGAUGAAUACUUAACCAUGAAAGCCAAACGAGCUUUGCACAAGGACAAAAUCGUUGAACAUCAUAUAAAAAAAGAAGAACGUUUAUCUGAGCUCAAUUUUUCUGGGGACAAACAUACUACUACAUUGGUUAGUAGUAGUCAAAAAGAUAUCGAUGAAGCAUUCCAGGACGUCAUUUUACCUAAAAAGAGGAAAAUCAAAGAUUUGUACAAAAAAAGUGUCAAGAAGCUAAAGAAGGAUGAAAAUUAUAUUCCUUAUAAUUCGGCAGAUAGACAUACUGAAGAAGGGUUAGCAGUUAAUCAAUUCCAGAAUGAAGCAGUGGAUGCUCAAUUAGAUAUUGUGGGAGAUUCAUCAGAAAUGAUGCAUAUAUCCAAACAACUGAAGAAAUGGGAUCGAAAGAAAAAGAGAAUGGUAGGAGUGGAGAGUAAGACAGCAGGAAAGAUAAGAACAGAGUCAGGCGUUUGGAUACCAAAAACAUAUAAAAGUGAUAGAUAUUCACAGUGGAAAGAAAAGACAAAAGCAGAUGAAAAUAAUGAUAAUGAGGAUGAGGAUGAUAAUAACAGAAGUUCUAACAAAGGACCUAGUGUUGGUUUGAGGACACAUUGGGCUAGACACAAUGAAAAGGUUAAGCAAAAACAAAGAAAAUCUGAAAUCAAGACACCCAAUGAAAUUUUGAAGGCACGGAAGAUUGCUGCCAAGAACAAACGAAAAAAUACGAGAAAAGGCAAAAAAGGAAAGAAGAGAACAAGAAAGUAGUUUAAUUUACCCCUUUUUUUGGUUUAGAAAGAUAACAAUAAAAAAUGAUCACUUGUUUGUAAAGCUGAAUACAAAAGUUGUUAAUAAUAUAAUGAAAUAAAAGAAUUAUUUAGUCAGAUA